UUGUCUGUGGGGCGGCGGCGCGCGGGUGACGCAGGGCGCCGGGGCCGCGGCACAGCCGGGGAGGCGCCGGGGGCCAUGGACUCCGCGGCCAAGGGCAGCUACGUCCUCGCCAACCUCGCCGAGGUGGUGGAGCGCGUCCUCGGCUUCCUGCCCACCAAGGCGCUGCUGCGCGCCGCCUGCGUGUGCCGGCUGUGGAGGGAGUGUGCCCGGCGGACGCUGCGGACGCGGCAGCGAAUCGCGUGGGUGUCGGCGCUGGAGCCGGGCCCCGCCGAGAACCACGCGCUGGUGCGCGCGCUGGCCCGCGAGCUUGAGAAGGUGCACGUGCUGCCCCAGACUGUGCUCUACAUUGCUGAUGCAGAGACGUUCAGCGGGCACGAGGAGUGUCACGAGCAAAAGAAAGCCAGAAAAAGAAACAGUAAAGAAACAGCACUCGCACUUGAAAAGUUGUUGCCAAAGCGAUGUCAGGUUCUUGGACUGGUCACCCCAGGGAUUGUAGUUACCCCGAUGGGUUCAAGCAGCAAUCAGCCUCAAGAAAUUGAAGAGGGUGAAGCUGGGUUUGCUCUGUUGUUUCCCAAAAUUGAUGGGGUGAAAAUUCAUACCUUUCAUUUUUCUAAAGACGUGAAGAACAGGGUCUUUGAUGAAAGUAAAUUUGCUGAAGCAGGUCUGAAGAAUAACCCAGAUCUCCGUGUUGUUCUUCUGUUUGGCUACAAUUCCUGGAAGACUGGAGCUACUCGAUUUCUUCAUCAAAUAGUCAAUCCAUUGAAUGAGAAAAGUAUCAUCCUGGCUGGGGGACAGGUGGAGAGCUUUACAUCACUGACCUCUGAGAAUAACCACGCCCAGCCUGGUGACGCCUGUGGUGUGGUUGGGUUGGCUUUCAGCGGUCCCCAGAUCCAGAGUGCCACCGUCCUUUUAGACCAGGAUGUGGCUGAUGAGAGGACAGCAGAAGCAGCCAUGCAGCGUCUCAAAGCAGCAAACAUCCCUGAGCACAACACCAUUGGCUUCAUGUUUGCCUGUGUUGGCAGAGGAUAUCGGCAUUACAAAACCAAAAGGAAUAUGGAAGCAGAUGCAUUUAGGAAGUUUUUUCCAAAUGUCCCCCUCUUUGGCUUUUUUGGACAUGGGGAAAUAGGCUGUGAUCGAAUAGUUACUGGGAAUUUCGUAUUAAGAGAAUGUAAUGACAUAAAGGAUGACCUCCUUCAUGGUUAUACUACUGUUAUGACUCUUAUUCACCUUGGUUCAAGUAAAGCAAACCAAGCCUAAGUAAGGUUUAAUGCUUCACUGAACUGUUUGUUUCAUUCCAGAGAGCUGAGAAGUCUGGAAGAGUGGACAUCUUGCAGUCAAAGCCCCUUCCAAAAUGUAAACAUCACUUUGGUAAUAUUAUCGAGUCUUGUAGUUGCAAUAGAGUUUACUAUAAUAUCUGUGAGAAAGUCUUGCAUUUUGUGUAAUCCCCUGUACACAUCAGAAUUGCAGGAAAUUAUAUUUGAUGUAUUUCUGCAAUUGAAGAAAGCCUCUUUCUUCCAAAACGAAAAUGGUUGCUACAAAUCAUAGAAUAUGCUGAAUUGGAAGGGGCCUAUCAGGAUCACUUGAGUCUUGGCCCUGAACAGGACACACCAAGAAUCCCACCAAGUGCCUGAGAGUGUUGUCCAAACUCUUCUUGAGCUCAGGCAGGGCUUGGUGCUCUGACUGCUUCCCUGGGGAAUCUGUUCCAGUGCCCAGCCACUCUGGAUGAAAAACUUUUUCCUGAUACCCAACCUAAACCUCAUGACUCAGCUGCAUGCCAUAUUCUCGAGUUCUGUCACUGGUCACGAGAGUGAAGAGAUGCUGAAGACCACAAUGAGGUCUCCCCUCAGUCUCCUUCAGGCUGAGCAAACCAAGUGUCCUCAUCCACUCCUCAUAAGGCUUCACCUUGACAUCCUUCACUUCCUCAUGGCAUUUCUCUGGACCCCCUCUAAACUUCAUGUGGCUUUUUAUAUUGAGGUGCCCAAAACUGCCCCCAGAACUGGAGACUGCCCCAGAGCAGAGCAGGACAAUCCUCUCCUGGCCUGGCUGGCGGUGCUGGGCCUGAUGCCCUCCAGGAUAUGAUUUGCCUUCCUGAGUAGCAGGGCACAGCUGACUCACACCCAGCUUACAUCGACCCCAGCACCCUUCCCACAGCUGCUCUCCACCCUCCUGCUCCCCAGUCCGUACACACAACCAGGGCUGCCCUGUCUGAGGUACAGAAUCCAGCUCUUGCCAUUGUUACAUUUCUUAUGGUAUGUGAUUGCCCAUCUCUCUUUGUCUAGGUCUCUGCAGGGCCUCUGUCCUUGAGGGAGUUGACAGCUCCUCUCAAUUUAGUGUCUAUGGCAAACCCAAACCCAAAUGUAGAAAUAAACAGUACUUUGAUGUGCUCUAUUUAUGUGUGUAAAGCACUCUAGGAAAACUACUGAUGCAUUAAAUCUACUAUUUCCUGGAUUUUAUUUCUAGAGAGAUGCAGAACUUUCCCAGAGUCCUAUUUACAAAACUGGACAGUUUUACUAGAUAAAAUAAAUGAAAAUCCUUAGAGAAAAGUAACAAAGUACUUGUUAAAUAAAGAUAGAAGUAUGUCAAAGUA